ACACAAAAAUCCUAUCCGCAUCCUACCCUAUCAACAGCAGAUCGAAUUGACAACCCUACCCAAUCGAAUAGGAUCAGAUUAAAUACCCGCGAGUAGGUACAUAUUCCCACCCUUCGUACCGUAAAAGGUUUAAGACAUAAGGGGCUCAAAAAAUUUACAAAGGUAUGCUGUGGCAACAACUAAAAAAGCAAAACGACGUUCACUUCAUAACAAAUGGAGAUAUUUUUUUAUAUCCCCAGUUCCCUCCGGCUCUCAGCCUCUGACACACAUCCCAAUAAUAAUAAUGAUAAUAAUAAUAAUAAUAAUAAAAGGAUUAUAAGGCUACACUCUCUGCUCCUUUUCUCCAGUUAGGUAUUUACUUAGCUUGAUCAGUUGUCAAAUCUCAUGGAGAAGCAGAACCACCAACCCUCCGUCGUAGCACUUGUCGUUGGAGUCACAGGCAUGGCUGGUCUCAGCCUAGCCCAGGCCCUAAAGCACCCCGAUUGCCUUGGAGGCCCAUGGAAGGUUUAUGGCGCCGCCCGAUCCCAGCCCACUUGGUUCCCUCCUUCCACCGUUGACCACUUCAUCGCAUUCGACGCCGUUGACUCCGCCAGCACGCACUCCAACCUCUCCCCCAUAGCUCACGAGGUCACCCACCUCUUCUGGGUCACCGUUCAGUUCCCCGGCGACGAAGAAGCCAACGUCGCCGUCAACACAACAAUGCUCCACAACGUCCUCACCACCCUCAAAUCCUCACCUUCUUCCCGGCUAAGCCACGUCACCCUCCAAACCGGGACUAAACACUACAUGGGCCCAAUCCAAGACCCCACCCGGUCCAACCAACUCGUUGGCCACGAACCACCUUUUCACGAGGACAUGCCCCGACUCCCUUACCCGAAUUUCUACUACGCGCUGGAGGACCUCCUUGCAUCCCACGCGCCAUCACUUACCUACUCAGUGCACCGCUCGUCCAUUAUAAUUGGCGCGUCUUCAAGAAGCGGCCACAACGCGCUUGUUAUGGUGGGUGCUUACGCCGCGGUAUGCCGGCACCUGGGAGUGCCGUUUCGGUACCCGGGGAACCGGUACACGUGGGAGCAUUUCUGUGACAUGACGGAUGCACGUGUGCUGGCGCAGCAGCACGUGUGGGCUGCGGUUACCGAGAAGGCCAAGAACGAAGCGUUUAACUGCAUGAACGGAGAUUUGUUCACGUGGAAGAGCAUGUGGAAAUUUUAUAGUGAAGUUUAUGAUGUUGAGUUCAAAUUCUAUCGCACCGCUAUAAGACCGGCUAUGUUUUAUGAUACAGAAUUUUUGGCGGCUAAAGGGGAGUACGAGUAUAAGUUGAGUGUGGCAGAGAUAAAAAUGUUGAGAUGGAUGAGUGGUCAUACGCGAUUGGAUAAAAUAAGGAACGAAGAUAUAAGAGAGAGAGUUGGAGUAGCACCUAUUGUAGAAAAGAUGGUUAAAUUACAUCUCAGGUGGUUUGGACAUGUGAGAAGAAGACCGAUAGAACAUCCAGUCAGGAGGGUGGAUGAGAUGGAAGAUGGACAAUGAGCGAAAGGCAGAAGAAUACCUAAGAAGACCAUCUAUGAGGUGGUCAAACAAGAUCUACAUGUAAACGGUCUCUCUGUUAACAUGAUACAUGACAGAACACAAUGGUAUCGUUUAAUUCAUGUAGCCGACCCCACUUAGUGGGACAAGACU